AUGUUAAAAAAGUGUACAGACAAUCCAAAAAUAGCAGAAACUUUAAAAUAACUGGUUUAAGAACGAGGACAGAAAAGAUGGCCAGAAAUUGCUAAGGUGUUGGAAUCAAUGUAUGAUAUAAAAAUUGAAAUUCCAUUUACUUUGAAGGCAAUCUAUUAAGAUAUAAUGAAUCCAAGACCUGGUUUGAACACUGAACAAUUAAAAUUAUUGGUCACUACAGCCAUGAAAUACAGAUCAGUAAUUAGAUUGGCAUUGCCAGAGUUCUAGAAAGUAUCAGGAAUAGGUAUUUCGAGACACAAAUUUGUAAGCAGAUUAUACAGAUUUUAUAAGAACACAAUUUUAGCAGGAAUUCAGAUUUUCAUAAGAAAUAAAAUGGAUUACCGAAAAAGAUUAGCUAAAUUCCCAGGAUAAUCAAUUGGAAGGAUAUUAUAGUGUAAGGAAUUGACAGGAGAGGAUGAUUUCACAUAAAGAUUAAAAUUAAUGGCAGAUCAAUUGGAGAUACUAUUAAAUUGUUAUUUAUCAUUGGAAGAUGAGAGGGACUACUCUUUAUUGUAUGAUAUACUAACACCAAAAAUGAAUAAGAAGACGUUUUUCUUAUUAUUGAAUUGCAUUUCAUUCAUGGAUGAUUUGAGAUGCAUUUAAUAAAAUGUGAUCAAAUCGGAUGAGGAAUUGAUGCCUGAUUACUGGUUAUAACCAACGAUUAAGGAGAAUAAGGAACUAUUGGUGUAUAAAAAAUUGUUUUUGGAUGAUAUGGAUUACAAAUUCAGAAUGUAUACUGAUUCAUAAGAUGUUUAAACGGAGAUCGACUUCAAAUUCUUUUUAAAUAAUGCUUACAUGAAACCAAAGUCUGUUGUAACUUAAAGAACAGCAAAAUUAAAAACUGUAAGAGGGAAGAUCACAGUAAAUGAUAAAAAAUAUCCAAGUGACAAAACUAUCAUCUUUGAUUAACCAGAAGAGGAGAGUGAGUAAGAAGGUUAUGAGAUAGAUUUUAAAAAGCAUAGAUUAUUGAAUAAGGAAUGA